AUGGGGCCCCAUGGGUAUCAGGAGGACCUACAAAGAGAAGAGAUGGAACCGAGGCUGGGGGCAGGAAGAGGAGGAAGUGAGGAAGGGGGCGAUGCCCGGGAGGGCGCUGGGCGAGUAACCAAUUCCUUCACUGGGGGCAGGCGGGAGUCUCCAGGGUCAUUAUGGGGCAACCUGUGCAGGGAAGGGAGGAAAGGUUUCCGGAAGUCUGCCGCUCUCCCUCCUGCCUGCUCCCCUCCUCGGCCUAGCCUAGCGGUUGAUUGCGAGGAGCGGCGGAAGGAAGGAUGUAUCAAACAGAAAGAAGAAAGGACCCCUGCCGGUCGACCCCUGACAUCCGACUCUGAACGGCAGCGACCGGGAGGCCGCGGCGUGUUGCAGAUUAACAGCAGCGAGGGCAGGAGGCAAAGCAGAUGCCUCGGGAGCUGGCUGUUUCCUUUAGCCCUGAGAGCUGGCUGUAGGCACAGGUUCCAUAUCAAAGGCAACGGGAACCAGGCUGUGGCAAUAUUACAUCAGGCAAAACUUAGAAGACGUGUUUAUGCUGAAUCUUCAGAUAGAGCAAGAGAAGCCCAGCUUGGGGGAGAUGACUGGACCUUGAUUAUCUGGGAUAAAAAGAGAUCCAUUUAUGGGACCUUUUCAGAAGAGCCUCUUAAGACACAUGUUUCAGAAUGCGUUCAAAUGCGUGCUGCUGUAUGACCAGCCUAUUUGAUUAUGCCUCCAAAUCCUAUGGAAGUAUAACAACCACAGAAGAGACAAAACCCAACAGCAUCGACAACAGAGAAUCUCAGUUCAGGAAGAUAUGAAACCCUUUGUAAUAAAGAAAGCAACACCGUGAACAUUUGUGUAAUGUGUCUUUGUGGUAGAAUGAUUUAUAUUCCUUUGGGUAUAUACCC